AUGGGCAACUUGAAUGAUGACACAGUUCUUGAGGUGAUCUCGUGCUUCCGUCCAAGAGAUGCAGUUAGAUGCAAGAGCCUAAACAAGAAUUUCAAUGCCUACAUCUCUAAUCAGAGAUUUGCACAUGAGCACUUUGUUAAAUCGAGUCACAAAGUGUGUAACCUCAUUCACUUCUCAAAUACUUCUCCCAAUGUUUUUUACCAACUUCGACUAGACCCUCCCUACCCUUUUGACAUGUUGGAGAUUUAUGAAAUCCUACCCAUUCAAGUUCCGAUCUUGGCCUCAUGUGGUGGCCUUCUUCUCCUUCACGUUUUAAGCUACAAGAACUAUUGUGUUUUCAACCCUAUUACUGGGGAAUUCCAACUGGUGUCAAAGGGAAAUCAUGAUGGUUGGAUUGCCGGACCGGUUGGCUUGGCUGUUGAUUCAAGCACUGAUUCAUUUACAAUCAGAUUGAUAGCAGUCCAUGUAAAAGAAGACCAAUCCCAGGUGAACCAAGUGUGUAAAUUCACAACAUUUACAGUUGGUUCAAACAAGUGGGAAGAAAUCCAUAUAGAAUUUGUUUGCAAAUCAAGUAAGUUGAGCAGAAAUACUCAACCUGUUUACUUCCAUGGCUCACUUCAUUGGCUUAGAGAAGAUGGCGAUAUUCUCGCCUUCGACAUAAGAAAGUGCCAAGCUAGAAUCAUUCAGGGACCUGGUAACAAAACCUCUAUAAUGCAGUUUGGAUAUGACAUAUGGUUUGGUGGGGUCCAAGGUUCGCUUGCAUUCGUGAGUGCUUUUCAAGAGGAAAUUGUCAUCUCUGUUUAUCAUUAUGAAAACAAAGAGUGGCAAAUCAGGCAUAUUAUUGAAAAUAUAAGUAACACAAGAAACAAUAACUACAGGAAUGGUAUUCCAAUGUUUUUUGAUGGCAAAAGAUUGUCUUUUCUUCUGAGAAAGAGAGGAGAAGAUGGAGAGAUUUACAUGCACAAUAUAUCGACCAAGUCCUGGAGAAAGAUAGGACUGGUUCCGGAAACAGCAGAUUGUAUUCAAAAUUUUAUUCCUUUUGCUCCAACAAUGGCAAAGGUCGCUGGUGUCUAUCUCCAUGACCAAAUGACUCAGUUGAGUCUUGCUUCAGAAAUUAAAGAGAGCCUCAACGGCCUGUAUGAACUGAUGAAGCCAAUGUAA